GCUCACCAGCCCUGCAGUUCAGGGGUGGAUUGCUCCAGACACGUUCUUGCGAUGCACUGAGGAAGAUAUGAUUGUCUCCACAGCGAGGGGACCUUGAAUUUAAGAACAAAAAAAGAAUAAAAAUUACCGCUGUGUAAGUUUCCUACCAUUACCCUUUAGUUCAGGCAACAGAACACACUAUCCUGAAGUUCAUUUAAAAAUAAACUACAUGCCAUUUAUUCAGUGCAGGCUGCUUCCAAGUGAACGUUUGGGUGGGAGACAGCCAGGGACAACCUCGGGUGACAGCAGGAGGCAACGCUGGCGAGUAAAUUUUUUCCUCCUCAGCCUCCGUAUGGGUAAUGGUUGCGUGAUGGUAACAGGCACCACUCUGCGCAGGGCACUUCAGCUCAUUGGAUUCUGGUCCUGCCAAAGUGCCUUCUCCUUGGUGAUGCUUUGAGGCGAGCAACCUGCACUCAUUUUUUAAGAUCUGCUCCCAGCAUUAGACAAGUCACGCUGUUUGUGAAAGCUGUAAAUGGGGACAGUUUCCACAAACAUAUUCUGUUAAAGAUGAGGGUUCUUCUUGGGUGGGGGAGUUAAAGCAAAAAAAGGUGUCCAAAUUAGAGUGAGGCACCUGAAUUCUGCCCUACAGAAGUCCGGAGCUGUGACAAGGACCUCAGUUAGUCAUUCUGCUUGAGUAAGGGCUACUCACUGAGCAAAGGAAACCAGGAUCAGGCCAGUGAUUUGCAACCAAGCGCACUCCCAGGGUGUUGCGUAUUUAACUAUUGCCCACUAAGCACAGAGUUAGACAUUCAAUGCAUUUUGCUAAACAAAUUCUUCCCCGUUAUUUUCAUCUUCCCAAGUUCUAUUUAAAGAGACCUCCCCGGAACCGAUGAGACCGGAUCCGCUGCCCCGUUCCCUCUCCCACAUUCGCUUGGCGAUUUCCUCGCAACAUUUCCCCCAAAAAUAGACAAAUAAUGGUCCCUGACCUGCUGCUGGGCUUGAGCUUUGGUUGUGCAGCAGCCCUCAAACCCACGUGCCUAUCGGCUCAGUUUCAGCAGCCGGGUGAUUAUAUCAUAGGAGGCUUGUUCCCUCUUGGAACGGAGACCGUAAACCUGACGGCACGAUCAGAGCCCACACUGGUUGUGUGCAAAAGGUUAUUUGUAGAUGGGCUAAUAUGGGCUCUCGGGAUGAAGUUUGCCAUCGAUCAGAUCAACAACUCCACUUCGCUUCUCCCAGGAGUCCAGCUGGGCUACGACAUGUGUGACAGCUGCUUUGAGCCAGUGGUGGCCUUACAGCGCAGCUUGCUCUUCCUGACCCGAAAGGGCACCACGGGCAUCGGGGUGCUGUGCAACUACACCGACUACCAGCCCCGUGCAGUUGCUGUGGUAGGACCACAUAAGUCAGAUCUCUCUCUGGAAACGGCCAAACUCUUCAGCUUCUUCUUGAUCCCACAGGUCAGCUAUGGAGCCAGCAGUGAGAAGCUCAGCAACACAGAGUUGUACCCAUCUUUCUACCGUACUGUUCCCAGCGAUAAGAACUUGGUGGAAGGUAUGGUCCUGCUACUGGACAAGUUUGGAUGGAACUGGGUUGCCACCAUUGGAAGUGAUGAUGAAUAUGGCAGAGGAGCCCAGGGGCUCUUCUUCAGCACAGCUGUCAAUCACAGCAUCUGCAUUGCGUUCGAGGGGCUAAUUCCUACAGACCUUGCGGACCCUAAAGCCAAAACCCAACUGGAAGAUACCAUUAAGUUAAUUAACAAGACUCAAGUCAACAUCAUUGUGCUUUUUGCCUUUAGUCAGCCAGCCCAGGCCCUGCUGGAACACAGCAUCAGGAUGGGACUAAGCAAGAAAGUCUGGAUUGGCACUGAAGCCUGGAUUUUGUCUGACAUCGCUGCCUCCACCCCAAACAUUCAGAGCAUUGGGACGGUCCUGGGCUUCAUAAUGAAAGCAGGCACAGUCCCUGGCUUCCAGAAGUAUGUUGCUGAUCUCUUUACCUCUGUUCAGCAGGAUGAAUUUUGCCAGGAGACUAGAGAAUUCCACCACCCCACGAAUUCUGACACACUGGACACACGUUGCGGAGAGUGUGACCACAUCUCACUGCAGGAAGUCUCGCCUGUGCUGAGGCACUCGCAGGUACAACCGGUGUACAUCGCCGUCUACAGCGUGGCCCACGCGCUGCACAGAGCGCUGGGCUGCACCCACCAAGCCUGUCCCAAAGCAGCCGUCAGACCUUGGCAGCUGCUGCACUUCAUGAAUACCCUCCCGUUCAAGGUGAACGGCCGAAGUUUCAAGUUUGAUCCAUCUCACGGCACAAACACUGGCUACAAGCUUAUAUUCUGGUCCUGGACAAACAGCACCCUCACACAUCUGCCUGUAGGCAGCUACAAAGGGUCCUUGUACGUCAAUAAAUCCCAGAUUCAGUUUCACACUGCAGAUCAGAAGGAACCCGCAUCCGAGUGCUUCAGGCACUGUAAACCAGGACAAUUCAGACAAAUAAAAGGAUUCCACCUCUGCUGCUACGACUGUACGGAUUGUCCAGAAAACACCUUCUGGAGCACUAAAGACAGGUCCACCUGCACUCCCUGCCUAGAGCAUCAGUGGUCCCCUGCCCGCAGCACACAGUGCUAUGACCGCAGCGAGAGAUACCUCUUCUGGAACGAGCCGCUCACCAUCGCCUUGCUAACGCUGAUGUCCAUCAUCAUAUCCCUGAUCUGUCUGACAGCAGCGCUCUUUUUAAAGAAUCUUGAGACUCCCCUUGUGCAGGCUUCUGGAGGUGAACGGAACCUCUUUGCCUUGUUCACACUCACGCUGCUCUGCCUCAGCUGCUGUCUCUAUAUAGGGAAGCCCAGCAACAACCUCUGCGUGCUCCAGCAAAUAGUCUACGCCCUGUGCCUCAACGGUUGUUUCUCCACCUUCUUCAUCAAGUCCCUUGAGAUCACCCUGGUGACAGAGUUCCCUCGCUGCGCACCCACCUUCCUGGGCUGGGUGACCCAGAGGCGGGCCUGGCUCCUCGUCACCUUGUGCCUCCUCACCGAGUGCUUGUUCUGUUGCUGCUAUCUUCACCUGGGCCCUGACUAUCUGCUGUCGGACUACAAGUCGCUGCCCACUGAAGUUCUGCUCGUGUGUAGCACGGAGUCCUGGUUUGCCUUCGCCCUGAUGCACGGCUGCAACGGCUGCUUAGCCUUCGUCUGCCUCCUGUGCACAUUCAUGGUACAAACGUCUGGGAAGAAGUACAAUAUUGCCAGGGGGAUCACAUUUGCCAUCCUAAUCUAUUUCAUCAUCUGGAUCUUCUUCAUUGCUAUUUUCACCACGCUGAAGACCGUCCUCAGGUCUGUUGCUCAGAUUGGUACCAUUUUGGCAACCAGUCUGGGUAUCUUGGGGAUCUACUAUAUCCCCAAAUGCUACAUCAUCUUGUUUAAGCCCCAUCUGAACACAGUGGAUUAUUUCCAGAAUUCCAUCAAUGAGGAGCCAGAGGAGGACUCCAUGAACAGACAAUAAACCAGAUCCACGUCACCUGCUGCUCAGCGGAAGGUGGCUGUAUUGCAGGGAGCUAAUUCUGUUUAUGAUGACUCCAGCAGUCUAUGAGCCUCACCCAGGUCACUUUCCUGUAAAGGUCACUGGUAAUUUCCAUUUCUAUUAACUAGAUAACUGCUCCAGAGAUAUAUCCAUGAAUCUUUUCCCAGGCCCUAUAAGAAAUUUUGAACAUGUUUGACAGCACGGAAAUAAUAACUAGAAAACCCUAAGGGAAUCACAUGGAAAGGUGUGAGAUUAUAGACCACAAAUCGAAACCCUUGUGAUAAACCAAUGACACCCAGUCCCUACCUACGCAGUGUCCUCUCUAAAGACCUUCUCCUAGCAUCUCCUAAUGUCAGGAAACACGGCUCCUAUGCAGGCUUCCCCCUGUGAGACACAGGAGGCAGGUGAGGAGGGGGAGGGAACAGACAGAGAGAACCGAAGGUCCUGCACGCUGCUCCGUCACUGCAGCCCGUACACCUGAUACGUGUUUG